AUGUCCAACGACGAGCACGGUGCGCCACCUGUUGAUGAACUUCCUACUUCGGAGGGCUUGGGCAGCAAACGAAGAAUCGCACACCUGGAGGAGAAACUAUUGGCUCUCGAAUCUGGGCGCGCUGCUAAAGAAAGCCUUGAGGAUCUAGUUGCCGAAAAUGACUGGAGGUAUGACGUUGAAGAGGAUGCAGAAAAUACCACUGAUCAAAAUCGCUUACAGAUAGGCUACAUGAUGUUCACGAAUACCAUGUGGUGGUUUAAGAAGGCCAUGGAGAUGGAGUAUGAAGAGUUACUUUGUCCUUCGGAACUUGAUUGGAACAAUCCAAUUGUAAAGGCAGGCAUUCGAGAUCGUGCAGAUGGCUACAUUGUAACUGACCUCUCCUUUCUGGCAUUUUUUUAUGCAAAAUACACUGCGAAACCUGACGAUCUGGAGGAGGGGCUAUUCAAGGGGAAAAUCCUUAUUCAGGCAUACAAAGCAGUAUUUAUGUCGCCUUCCUCGGCUAAAGACGUCGAUGGCAAUGGCAAUGGGAUUGACAUCAUUCAAAAUAACCGAUGCGCUAGGAAAUCCUUUGAUGGACUCAAGGUCAAGAAACACGUAGUGCAGAUCAUCAAUAUGGUGAAAGUUACCCCUCAGUCAAUUGCAUACAUAGUUUGCCAAGUCCAGUUUGCGCUCUCUUCCAUCACUUCCUGGCAGUCAGUUGACGGAGACUUCGACUAUGUCCAAUUUUGGCAGACUGUUGUCGACUUCUUCAAAAGGCCUCCCAGUUGA